AUGUCAUCCGACACCGAGGACUCAGCGAGCGUGACGCUGUCGACAGCAUCAUCGCGGGCACCAUCCCCCGAGCCUGUCCCGCAAACGCUUUAUGAUAUUCUUUCAAUUCCGAUUACGAACACCAUUUCUGCUCUCGGUGCACCUUCACCUGCAAAAACUUCGGUCUACGUGCUGGGUGAUGACGUUUUAGGCUGUUUGCGUGACUUGAAGCGAUAUUGGCGCCGCGACGACAACGAUGAGGAGCGAACAGUCGCUAGGAUCUUUGCCAAGGCGAAUGUGUUAGAGAAUGAUCUUGUGCCGAUAUUGGUACAAACUGCAGAAAAGAUUCCAAAAGUUGCGGUCGCUUGUGUGCGUUCUAAUGGCACUCCAGCGGAUCUCAUCACGAGUAUGACAUGGCCGAUGGACUUGCCUGCUGAAUUGCAAGAGCUCCAUGAACAAGGCAUUACUGGACCAUCAACUGACUAUCCGCUAUUGACUCGCGCCCUGCUCUCGUACAAAUCCGCAAUAACGCACCACGCUGGCGCGGUCCGAGCCCUUGUUCUUGUGGCUUUGCCAUCACUUGCUGUCGCUCCUAACAAGCGAACCGAGCGGGAGAAGCAGAUCGUCAACGUUGUGUUCCACUGCAUUCGAAACGUAUUGGCGAUCCGGGACUUACGAGGCGAUGUGAACAAGAGCGGAGAUUGGGGCGAAUUAGCGAGCUUGCAGAGCAUGCUGAUCCGAAGGCUGAAGGACAGCAGUUUCUUGGAUGUAUUGGCGACAAUGACCAGCAAUGCGGAUACUCCUGUUGCGAACACAUAUUCUUCAAUUAUGCUUGAGAUAUGGUAUCUACUGUUUCGAGACUUUGAAGGUGCCAUGAAACGUGGUCAAACAAAAGCCACACGCCAUUCUCGUUUCGGGACUGCCAUAGCUAUGACAACUGGCAGUGGGAAGGAUAGAUUCAUAAUGUCUCGUCAGCAAAGCCUUCGAACACUCCCCGGGGAAACAAUGGACGCUCGGAAGAAAGGGCUUGCGAAGAGGAUGAAGCACGUCGACGAUUUAGGCCCAGAGCAAUCAUUGUCGUAUGAUGCCCUCAAUGUGUUGAAGGACCUUGCUGUAGUUUUUCUGAACUCGUGCUUCAAUAUUUUCUUUGCUUCGUUCCUGAAGGACAUCCGAUAUGAGCGACCGCACAUUACUGAAGCCGACAAUGCUCGCCUACUCGUUCUGUCCUCUUGGUUCGUGGAAUUCUUCCUUGCCUCACGAGCGCGGGCGGAGCAGCCACAAGGAGAAACAGAAACUUCAGAGGAAGAGAAGACGUGGACAGUGAGCAAAGUCGCGGAAUGUUGCGAACAAGAAUGGAUCGUCUGGGUUGUUAAGAGGAUGCGCUUUGCUGGCGACGAGAAACCAAAAGCGUGGGUUGAACUGCAGGCGUGUAUGGAGGCCCUCACUCAACUGUUGCUCCUUGUGGAAUGCAUGUCCAACAGUCCGAGCGAAGAAAUUCGAGACGCAUCUGAGGCGUUGCAGCAUAAACUAUGGUUUUCGAGUGAACUCAUGGACGUCGCCCUUGCAAAUGCUAGAACUUAUACCGGUCAAAGUUUAGCGUACCUUGAAGCCGUGGUACAACUUAAUCAUGUGCUGCUCAAGUUGUUGGAGAGAUAUGCAAAAGGGAGGAGCGCGAUGUAUGUACGGAAGAAAACCAGUGCGAAGAAGAAAAAGGGCAAGAGUAUGAACGAAGGCGGUAUAGAAGAUGACGCUGAUGAGGAAGAGGAGGACCACGGUCCCUCGUAUGAACAGCGUCGAUUCGAAUUCGAAGCAUUCGAGCUGAGGUUCGCGAAUGAGGACGUAACACACACACUUCUGCAGUACCUCUCUCGAUACCGAGACAUCUCAGCCGAAGGUGUUAUCGGAGCCGAGAAGAUUGAGCGGGUCGUGUCCUUACUACAUAGGCAGGUCGUUAAAGCAAAGGCCGAAGGCUUGUUCUUCAAGGUUUCAACGCUGGAACUAUUUCGGCACAUAAUAUCCGACGAGCGCACUCUUCCCAAUGAUGCAGCGCAUAAGGAACUAAUCCAACUCGCUCGAUACACCCUCCGCCAAUUCUUCAAGGAAGUGGAGAAAAAGCCUUUCCUUUUGGUCGAAGCCUUCUUCCCGAAGAAUCGAAACAGGUGGAAGGAAUAUUCCUCUUAUCAACCUCCGGAGAAGACACCGCGAGUUCGCCCCUUAGCGGACGAGGACCACGGACCACGGGAAGUGCAAGUGAAGGGGAGCUAUUCUUGGAGCGAACAGCUUGGCAUUGCUAUGGCUUGUCUUCAAGAAGAAGGGCAGGAAGGGUUCAUUGAUUGGGUCCGCGAGAUGCUUGUCCUCGUACUGGCCGAAAGACAAGCCAUAGUCGCCCUGACGGAUCUCCACGAGGUACACAGUCUCGAUGACGAUAUGGACGAGGAGGGCCUCCGUCAACGGGGAAGCGGUCCAUCAGAAGUGGCUAUUUCGAAGUUCGAGGAAUUCGGUGGGGAGAUUCACACAUUCUGUCUGCAUUCGAUACGUUGCGACAAGGAGGGACAGCAGGAUGCAGCCACCAAGAAUCCCCACCUGAAGCUCAUGUUCCGCCUAGUAAAGUUCCAGGCACGUGAUGAAGUUGCGGACCCCAUGGAGUGGUUCUGCCCUGCAUUUGUUCUGCCUAGCGAGCUAGAAGGCUCUAUCAAAGUUAUCGAUCAUUUCAAGCUAAAUCCCUUCGAUCUCGACGGGAAGAAAGCGAAAACCCUGAUCAAAAAGAAACCUAGAAAGCGUCGCAGGCGCAAUCUCGAUGACGAGAUGGCGGAGCUCUUCUCUGACGAGGAGGCACCGCGGAAGCGGAGGGAGAAGCGACAGCAGGAGAAGAAGCAGUACAAAUCUGCACAAUUCAUCGAGGACAGUGAUGCAGAUGAGGAAGCCGACCGGGCUUUCUUCAAACAGGAAGCCGAGUUGCGUGCCCGGAUGGCACAGAUCUCCGAGGUGCAGGGGCAUACGAUGCGCUCCCAUGGCACGAAGAAACGGAAGAGUAAAGCGAGGGAACGGAGUGCAAAGAGGCGUAAGACCGGUGACGCACAGGACCUGGAGAUCGUGCCCACCCAGCAAACUGAGAGGGACUCAGCUUCCAGCGAGAGUGACGCCGAGCUCAGCGAGCCUUCGACUUCUCGGCAGAAGAGGAGUACGCCGGGCACGACACCGCUCUCCGAUCCUGCGUCCCAAUCCGAUCAUGAUGAUUUAGACGUGGACAUGGAGGAACCACCGCAGCAGAAGAAAGCAAAGAUGCCGCCACGACCUCGGCGUCUCAUGCCGAUCCAGCUAGUGACCGAGGCUCCUGCGUCCGAGCUCUCCUCGCCAUUUAAGGCUUCAGGCAAGGAAAACAUCGGUCAGUCGGAUGAUGACUUGUCUCUGGCGACCAUCCACCCGAUUGGUAGAGCACAACGACGCCUUCUCUUAUCUGAUGACGAAGAUUGA